CCAGGGUGGUAAGAUAUAAUAUACAGUAUACUGCUUCAAGUUCCAUUUCUGAGCCCCAUUGACUGGGCUCAUGGCGGCUGAAAUUGUUUACACCUGGUGGGAUUGAGCAGCAGCCACUGCCACCAUGGAUUGCGGUGAUCUACAGCAUUGAAGUCCGAUUGUCCACUGCAAUCUGCGACAAAUGCUGUGCCAUUUUUGCACCGUCUCAUUGGAAGGUGACGCGAAUGGCUCGGAAAUCGUCUUCCCAGGAGUCCGCAGGCGACUCAAGAGCGGGCCUCCUCUUUUCCUCAGCUGACUCCGGUGGGGUCAGCCUGCUUGACCCAAAGCUGCCCCCACCAAGUAACCAGCUCCUUCUUCAUUCUCUCCUUAACCCAUCAAGCAAGUACUCAAUGCCGCAUACGAUGCCAGACCAGCUGCAGCAAGUCACUGCGGAACUUGUGUUCCAUGGCCCUGAACGUGCGCAGCAGCUGUGCAUCCGCCAGGGCUGGCCACUGAGCUUGGUCAGCUUCCAGCAAUUGGAGCAGGCGCUCAUGUACGGCAGCAGAAAGGAGAUAGAGGCGGCGUUGAAGACCCUGGAGGCAGAAGGACACAGCAUAGCUGCACUGGACAAGCUGCUGUUCAAGGCACUCAGCCUCCUUGAUGCGGGGGGUGGCAUGUAUAUGCACAGCCAGGCAGCCAGGUUGCUGGAAGUUGCGGCCGUCUUUGCCAGCGGAAUGCUACAGAAGCAGGCCAUUGCAGCAUGGCAAGAGAGGCAGCAGGCUUGGAGAUCCUCCCAACAAACGCUGGGCCCCGUCCUUGAGCGCCAGCCAGGUAUCAGCCCCUACCCACGAGUGCCGCGGAGCCCAGCCCCGCACCAGCAGGGCCUGUCAGUCAGUCACUCGCUGGCCACCUCAGUGGAGGCAGCCAACCUGUGCCACCACCUGGAGACAAUCCGCAAGCUUCAAGAUCUGGCUGAGAAGCGGACUGCAUUCGACCGCAGCUCGCCCAGCCAAGUCGGAGAGAGUGACACCAAGGCCGAAGCGGUAGCUGAACCUCUCGCAGUGGCUCUGAGCAACCGAGGGGGCCGGUCUGAACGUGGGGUCAGGAUUACUGGCAUCCAGGGCCUAGCAUCAGGCCUGGCUGAUGGGAUACCCGACCUAGGGAAAUUCGAUUGGACGUUGCCUGGAGAGCGGGCCUUGGUCGUGAAGGCAGGGCAAAGGGCCAGCGGCGCCAAAGAACAUGAGCCUUCAGGGGCCGUUGUGGCGGCCGGGGCACAGGAAAUGGAGCAGAGUGGUGAUCGAGAGGAAGAGCGGCCGGCAGAUCUGGUGGCCCGCUGGGGGCGGGAGGACAGCCCCCCGGAGGUAGUGGUGCGGGAUGCACUCCGAGUGGGCCGGUUAGCGCUGGCAGUGGCGUACUUACAGCAGAAACGCGGGGCAGAUGCAACUGGAGGUCGAGUCUUUGCAGAGGUACGAGAGGCUGGCCGCCGCCUGGCCUAUGACUUCUUUCGUGCUGGCAACACGGACACUGCCCUCCUGGCGCUCCGACGACUGGGAGAGAACGUGGACCAGGCGCUCCGGGAGCUGGCCAUGGGGAGCCUGCAGAGGGACAUCCGCAAGCGGGCAGCCGGCGAGCUACGGAACCGGGGCCUUCUCAGCAAACAGGAGGCGCGGGCCCUUCGGAUCCUCAGCGACCUCGAGGCUGCGCAUCCGGAAGAGUCCUUUUGGCGAGCGUACAGGGCUCGUGUGAAGCAAGCUUCGUCUGAAGACCCAAAACUUGUUGGAACGGGUAUCGGCUUGACGGUUUUGAACGGUGAAGUGAAGAACGGGGACGGGGUCGAUUUGACGUGUGGAGAGGUGAACGGGGCAGUGCUUGGAGUCUGGGGGGCGUUUGCUGGGGCAAGCGAGAAGAUCGAGAAGAAGAGCGAAACGGAUUUGCAGCAAGGCGGGGAGUGGUACCUCUGCCUUGCAGCCGAUUGGGUCAGCAGAUGGGACCGUGUCACCAUCGAGCGGAUCUAUCUGGAGAGGGGUCUGGCCCCGCUCACACCCAUCUCGUGGCAGGCCCAGCUGCAGUACCACGUCGCACAUCACGAUUGGCCCCGGGUGGAACCCCUCCUCGAGCACGUGCCGCCUGAGUGCCUCAAGGAGGGCGUCCUGCGAGUGAAGCAGAUGGUAGCAGAGAGGCCCCCGAACUCACUCCCAGGUGUCGAGGCUGCCCACGAUGAGGAUGACCUCUACGUGCCAGGUGUCAAGCUCCUGUUGGUCGACAUCACGCAGCUGUGCACACGGCUGAUGAAAGGCCUCGUGGAGGAGAAGCUCGCCCAGCAGCACGUGUUCCUACAGGCCGACUGGGAGGGAACAGGGCCCCUGGUUACGCUCCUGGCACGAGCUAACGUCCUCUUCGCACCUGGGGGGACGGCCAACAACCACAGCGAUCGGGAGGGCUCGGCAGAAAACGGUUCCUCGUCAGAGAGAAGCCGGGAAGCUGAGCAAGGUGGAGCCAGCACAUCCUCGGAAGGAGUAGAGAUUAGUCACGAGACCAGUGAUAAAGGCGAGGUGUACGUAGUGCAUGACCGGGAGGGGCAGAGCCCGACGCCGCUGGCGGGCGCGCACCCAGUGGUGGUGCGGCACUGUGCAGAGCGCAAGCUGCCCCACCUGCUGCAGCUGUACCUGGACUGGCACGACGUUGGCAGGGACGCAGCGGACCUGGAGCCACUGCAGCUGGCAGCGGGCCGGUGUGAGUGGGCCCACUGGUUGCUGCUCUCCCGGGUCCCUGGCGAGGAGUACGGCGCCUCCUUCGCGAACGCGCGCUUCAUCUCGGAACAUACUCAACACGUAGCAUCCCCCGACGCCCGCGCCUCCUUCCCCGCCACGCUCGACGAGAUGGCCCAGGACGGCCACGAGCUGCGGGCGCUCGCCACUCUAGUUCACGCCCCUGUCCCGCUGGAGGACUGCCUCGACGGCUCACCCAAGCCCGCGCGUCGCCCCAGUGAUUCUACAAACCCUCUUUCCGAACAACUCGUUGACGCGGCCCGCCCCACACAGGACCUGCCGUCGUGGUACUGCCGGCUAGGCAGUUUGACCCGGGGUCUGGCGGCAUACCCCACUCUGUGCAGUCUGCUUGAGCGGGCCUGCGGGGUUGGGGACCAGCCAGCGCUGGAGCAAGCCCCCGGGUUGGAGGAGUUCUGGGCCGCCGCGAGCCUGGACCCGGUCCUCGAACCGUACCUGCGGUGGCGGCAUGGUAUGCUGACGUCAGCGGCCAGGGACGCCUCCCUUCUGUCGAUGCUGCUCCCCAGCACGGCGCCCGCGGUCAGAAGGGUUCUGCACGCAGCCGUCCUGGGCCCCGGGUCUCUGAGCACGGGUGCUCUGCCAAGCGCCGAGGAGGACCGGCUGAACGAGUGGGAGGACGCAGCGGACGCUCUGGUGGCACAGGAGCUGAGUCGGCAUGAGGAGGACGGGCCGCGGGGCUUCCAAGUGCAGCACCUGCUGCGGAAGGGGCGGCCCCUGGCGGCGCUGGAAUGCGUCCUGGCGUACCGGGAGGAAGCGGCGGGCCAGCAGGGCCUCGCGAUUGACAGUGCAGAGACACUGCGGAGCCCGGGCCCUGUGGGAGCGCAUGCGGCAAAGAGACGCACCAGGGAAGGGAGGACGAGGGCGGGGCAUGGUACCGAAUAUGCGGAUGAGCGGGGGCAUGGGCAGAGGUGGCAAAGCAGCCCACGGAACGGGGAAGCGACGGACAGCGAGGAGGGCGGAGAAGGCCGGCUGAGGGACCCCCUCACCGGCGAGGAAUUUGUGAUGGUGCUCAAGGAGGCAGUGCCCCUAGCCAUCAGGGCCUUUGAUGACACGCGGGUGACGUCAGCGUGCUGCGCCUUCCUGGAGCUGUGCGGCGUGCCGGCGGCAGAGCUGCGGGUGGACCUGAGGGCGCUGCAGCGGGCACAGAGGCAGGGAGCGGCGGGAGACACCGAGGAUUCUGAUGGCGCUCAGCUAGCCCCUCUGGCGUCCGUUCUCAGCGAAGCCUACUCUGCCAGCAUCGAGGACGCAAGCGCAGACGUCAGGAAGGUGCCGCCUCCGCAGGGCACGUGCCAGGCCGUGCUAAAUCUCCUUGAGCGCCUAGAGGGAGCGACGCUGAGCACGCUGGCUGAAGACGAGCGUCCGACGAGCCCACGGUCAAGGUGGGGGCGGGAAAAAAGGGCGAGCAAGGACCGGGGCACGGCGGGGCAGUGGCUGCGGGAUGGGGACGGAGAAGGGGAGAACCGCCGGGCAGCGCAGAUGGAGACAUCCGAGAGAUGGGAGCUCGUGACCGCGUUCUGCGCUGCCCACGGGCUGCCCCCCUCUGCGGCGUACCUGCGGCAGCUGGCGCGGGACGACGACUGGCUGGGCUUCCUGGCGGAGGCCCAAAAAGAAGGAACCGCGGGCGCCCGCCUCACCGCCAUCGCAGCAGAGUCCUUCUCCGACCCAGCUCUGAAGGAGCACGUUCUUAUUGUCCUCCGAAGUUUGGGGGGCAGUCUAGGAUCCAAUUCUGAAGCAGAUCCCGUUGGGGCCCUGCCUGGACAGAACGAGGAAGCGGCCCCGACUGAGCUGUUUGCCAUUCUGGCAGAGUGCGAAAAGGGGCCAAGACCAGGCGUGGUGCUCCUGGAAAAGGCACGUGAGCUGGGGUGGCCGCUGCUGGCAGUCGCAGCCAGCGCCUACGAGGGGGCGGACAUACAAUCCUGCCUCGCCACGUGGCUUGCCACCAUGGCUCUUGACGUCGACGCCCCCGUUCGGCCAGUGGGAGAAGCGGCGGCGAUCGCUCGGGCGGUGGACGGGGCUGUCCGGAAGCUCAACUCGGUGGUGCACCAGAGUGGAGAGAAAGAGCACGGCCGGCCACUCUGGAAGCGGCAACGUAUCGACGCUGAUCAAAGAGAGGAGGACACGCUUGACAGUGAAGCGGAGCCGUCAGCUGGAAGUAGGAGCGCGGCGGAGUCCAACUUCGCGUCGGUGGAAGAAGCGCUGGUGGAGACUGUGGCGCGGCUGUGCGGGCGCGCGCUGUUCCUGCCGCUGCUGCGGGGUCUCGAGCUGUUCGCCCCGGGGAGCUGCCUGGCCCACUGUGUGAAAGCGCUGCAGGCAGCGGCCCGCUACGACCGCGCAGAAGCUGCCGCGCAUUUCGAGAAGUUUGGCUGGGGGCUGGCUCACGGCCGAGCAGACGCGGAGGGGCUGAGACGGGGGCUGGCGGCCAGAGCGGCGGUCGCAGCGGCGGAUGCGGUGCUGGCCACGUGUCCUACGGAGUACGAGCGGAAGCUGCUGCUGGAAGUGCUGGCGGGGCUGCACGAGUGGGGGCCGGCAGCGGAAGACGGCGCAAGGUACAAGCGCCUCUCCCUGGCUGCCCAGCUGUCUUCUCCGGGCGUCCCCCUCGACGAGUCCUGCACCCCGGAAGCUCUGCUUCAUUCCCUGGCGGCGGCGCGCAAGUGGGACGAGGCCCGAGAGCUCGCGCAACAACUUGAUCACAACCCGUCCUCUGCCACGUCGGACCGAGGAGCCGCUCCCCGGAACACAGCCAGGGCCGUGGAGCAAGACGAUGCACAGCAGAGCGGUGGGCUGCGGGCCCACGUGACGGUGCUGCAGGCGGAGGCCCUGCUGGCGGACUGGCGCGAGCUGCUGUGGGACGACCCAGCGGAGCGGCUGGCGGUGUGGGGCCACUGCAGUGCCCUCUUCGAGGCGCACAGCCUCUCAGCGCGGCAGGCAGGUGACUUCUUCCUGCGCCACGCAGAGGAACUGAGCGAGGGGGAUCCCCCGGCUUCGGGGGCGGAGGUGCACACCGCGCUCUUGCUGGCGAUCCAGUGGCUCAACGGAAACUUCUUGGGGGGUUCGGACGCGGCGUCAGAAGAGGAGCUGGCUUCCCUGGAGGCUCAGCUGUGGAUGGCGGCAAUCGCGGCCGACCGAGAAGCGGGAAUACUGCCAGCGGAAACGAAGUCCGGGGAGGAUUUGACUGUUAUUCAACGGCAGGCCCAAGGAGCGCUUAGGGCGACGGCCGAGCUGUGGCCUGUCAUUGCAUCACGCGGGGGCCAGGAAGGACGAACAGAGCUAAAAGUUUCAAGAACCUCGGAAAGUGCCAGGGAAGCCGGGGAGAAGGAGGGCAGAGUGACCACUCAGAGCUUAGAGAUCGUCGAGCAGACUGGGACUGCAUCCGAGAGCCGCUCGGCUGCAGAAGCGUCUGCUGCAGUUUCCGCACUCCUGGAGGACGGCCGUGUCUCCGCAGCCAGGGGGCUACUGCGCCAGCUAAAUGUUCCCCACGGCGACAACUUCCAACUCGUGCAAGCCGCAGAGUGCGUGGCCUCAGGCGGAACGGCUUCCGUACCAACGCGGCUGGUUGAGUUCCUUCAAGCGAGGGGACUCGAAAUUCCACAAAGCGCCCCUCCACAACCAAAAGGCCGGAAAGAGCGUUCGGACGUCCUGCGACAGAUCGCGGAGCUCUGUCCUGCCAGCCAAGGCCGGGGGCAUGUCCUCCGCCUGGCGGCUGUCUGCCAAGCCGCCGCCGCCCUCUCCCUGGGGUACCAGGAGGCGGGCAAAAUGACCCCCCUGGAGCUGCUCCAGCUGCUCGCACUGCAGGCCGGGCGCCCGGGCGCCCUUGACGCUGCGAGACAGCUGGGCGUAGCGUGUGAGGGGCGCGAGGAGCUGCCCCCCCGGAAGGUGGCCCGGGUGCUGGCGGAGUGCUUCCAGAAGGGCCUGCUGGCGGCCUACAAGGGCAGCUACUUGCAAGAUGGCCCCGCGGACGAGGCGGGCCCCGCGCCGCUGCUGUGGAAGCCGGAGGACUUCGUGCAGUGGGCGGCAGUGUGCCCCGAGCCGCCCCAGGUUGCGCACGCGCUGAUGCGGCUGGUGAUCGGCGGCAAGAGCGACCUGCCCCCCGCUUGCGAGGCCGAGCUGCUCGUCCUGGCGCACCGCUUCUACUCGUCCUCUGCCUGCUUCGACGGCCUGGACGUCCUCUCCGCCCUGGUCAGCAACCGCGCGGCUGCGUACCUCGCAGAGGACAAGGCGGCGCCCGUGGCGCGGCUGCUGGUGGGCACCGGCGACUUCGUGCGGCUGCGCGCGCUGGCGGACGUGCUCGUGCGGGGCGGACACCUGGACAUGCUGCUCGCCAAGAUUGCGUCAGGCGGCCAGCAGAUGCCUCCUGCCGCGCGGCAUGCCGCUCGCGCGGUCAUCUUGAGCGCCUUGGCCCUUCAGCGGAACGAGUACAGCGACGACGAGUACGAGGUGGCCUUGGCCCGAGUGCACGACACGCUGGGGACCCUGCACGAGGCCGCUACCUCUUUGGAGCGGCGCGCUACGGCCGGCGUCAAGCGGGCUGCCGCUCAACGCGAGAGCUCCCCCACCGCGCUGGGCCGCCUCAACCCCUCCCAGGCCAGCAGCGACAAGGAGCUACUCAAAGCCAUGGAGCUGUACGUCCAGGCCGCGGAGAAGUGGGCCCAGCUGGACGCCGGGUCGGCUGCCGCGCGGUGCGCCCACCAGGCGGCGCUGGUGGCGCUGCAGCUCCGCCUGCCGGACGUCCGCUGGCUGGACCUGGCCCCCGACUCGGCACGGCAGCUGUUCGUGGAACAGCCGGGGGGGUUCACGGAGGCGCUCACUGUGGCGCAGGCGUACGGCCUGAUGGACCCCCUGGAGUGGGUGCACGCCAUCUGGAACCAGGUCAUGUGGCAGCCCCUGCACCACACGGAGCGCUACCUCGGCGACUUCGUGGACACGCUGCCCCUCGCGCCGGCCCUGCUGCUGGAGCUGGCGCGUACCUAUCGCACCGAAGUAGCAGCGCGCGACGCCGACAUGUCGCGCUGGCUGCCGAGCGGCGCAGGGGGCGCGGAGGGCGGCCGCCACCUCGCGAAAGCCUUUAAAGCCCUGCUGCACCACGUGGGCGACUACAAGCUACGGCUGCAGCUCGCCACGCUGGCCACCGGCUUUGCGGACGAGAUUGAUGACGCCAUCAGCGUGCUCGACAGAGUUCCUGAAACAGCGGGUCCGUUGAUCCUGCGAAAAGGUCACGGUGCGACUUAUGUCCCCCUGAUGUAGAGGUUCCCCCUUCGUCGAGGCACAUGUAUCAUCUGGUAAAAACAUAAAGCUGCAAAUAAUAGGUACUAUCAGCCUUUAGCUACAUCGUGAUCCCUCAAGGGUCCUAGUUGGAAGUUCCAAGGGCUCAAGAGAAGCAUUUAGAUUUUAGAAGUAGGAAAUUUUGGGCAGAUUGUGGAGCACUGGCAAGGUGUACAAUAUCGUGGCGGCACUCUUGGGACAAAUGCGGACAGGCCUGGAACAUGCGGAAGGGAUCCGGAGAGAGGGGAGACGUACACAAGGAAAGGGCCUCCAGCAAGCUGUGGACGGCAAGCGUUAAUCCUCAUCCCUACAAUUUUCAUUGGAUUUACCCUCAACUUGGCAGUGUUGGUCACACUAGAUGGGGGUGGAAUACCGGUUGUAAUUUCAAGUUUGUGAGAAUUGGCAUGUGCAGCGUACUUUCAACAUUUGAUAUUGGAGGGAACCAAUUAUUGGUGUUGUUGUAUAUCAUUCCCAACCUCAUGUGGGGUUCCACUCAGCCAAGAAAGAAAGGGAACAAAAGAGGAAAAAGAAGGAAAGAGAGUAUAAAAAGUUAAGGUAAUAACACCAUACGUCGAGCAAACAACGAAGUAAGCCAAACUAACCGUUCGAUAUUCACACAAAAUGGAGAUGGGAGCUUCGGAGCCGU